AUGAUUGAUAUCACAAAUCAAUUGAAAUUCAUGGACAUGGAGAUUUCAGAGGGUGUUCUGAUUUGCCAAGGUGGAGACAAAGGGAUGACUUCGAGGGCGGCAGCCAUUGAGAGAGAUUGCUCUAUUAAUGGUGUUACUUUCUUUUAUGCGAUGAUAAAGGACCACGGUGUAAAGAAUAUUUUGCCUGUAUGGUGCAUGGAGGCAACCCCCAGCCUAGCUUGUGCUAAUACAUGUGUGUUUUGUUGAAGGCACCAUACCAAUCCUGUUGGGAAGAGUUGGCAGUGGAAGUUAGAUGAUCCUCUAGAAAUUGUAAAUGCUGCAAUCGAUGAGCACACAGAGACGAUUAAGCAAAUGAAAGGAGUUCCAGGAGUGACUACGGACCGUCUGUUUGAAGGUCUUUCACCUAGACAUUGUGCCCUUUCCCUUGUUGGUGAGCCUAUCAUGUACCCAGAGAUCAAUGCCCUCAUUGAUGAACUGCACAAGCAACGGAUUUCUACAUUUCUUUUAACAAAUGCCCAGUUUCCAGAAAGAAUUAGACUUCUUAAACCCAUUACACAGCUGCAUGUGAGUGUAGAUGCUGCAACUAAAAAGAGCUUGAAGGCAAUAGACAGACCUCACUUUGGGGAUUUCUGGGAAUGAUUCGCUGAUUCAUUGAGGGCACUCCGCGAGAAGGAGCAGAGAACUGUGUACCACUUGACUUUAGUCAAAGGAUGGAAUGCCGAGGACAUAGAUGCAUACUAUGAGUUGUUCAGCAUUGGAAAGCCAGACUUUGUUGAAAUAAAGGGUGUUACCUACUGUGGCUCGUUUGCAACUUCCAAAUUGACAAUGGAGAAUGUACCAUGGUAUUUGGAUGUGAAAGCCUUCUCUGAGGUUUUGGCCUCAAAGAGUGGCAGCGAAUAUGAAAUUGCCUCCGAACAUACCCAUUCUUGUUGUGUACUCCUGGCAAGAGCUGACAAGUUCAGGGUUAAUGGCCAAUGGUUCACUUGGAUUGACUAUGAAAGGUUCCAUGACUUGGUAAUCUCUUUCUUUCUCUCUCUCUCACACACACACAACAAACAGCUUUCAGGUGUGCCCUUUGGUGGUAAGGAUUACAUGGCGGCCACACCCUCCUGGGCUGUUUAUGGUGCUGAGGAAGGUGGGUUUGAUCCAGAUCAGGCCCGUUAUAAGAAAGAGCGACGACAUGGAAGUUGUAAUGGUCAAAACCGUCAGCCUGUAAGCUAA